AUGGCGGAGCACCUUGCUUCCAUAUUCGGCACCGAGAAGGACCGCGUCAACUGCCCCUUCUACUUCAAGAUCGGCGCCUGCCGCCACGGCGACCGCUGCUCCCGCCUCCACAACCGCCCGACCAUCUCCCCGACCCUCCUCCUCUCCAACAUGUACCAGCGGCCCGACAUGAUCACCCCCGGCGUCGACCCCCAGGGCCAGCCCCUCGACCCCCGCCAGAUCCAGGACCACUUCGAGGACUUCUUCGAGGACAUCUACGAGGAGCUCCGCAAGUUCGGCGAGAUCGAGAGCCUCAACGUCUGCGACAACCUCGCCGACCACAUGAUCGGCAACGUCUACGCCCAGUUCAAGGAGGAGGACCAGGCCGCCGCCGCCCUCGCCGCCCUCCAGGGCCGUUUCUACUCCGGCCGACCAAUCAUCGCCGACUUCUCCCCCGUCACCGACUUCCGGGAGGCCACCUGCCGCCAGUACGAGGAGAACAGCUGCAACCGCGGCGGCUACUGCAACUUCAUGCACGUCAAGAUGAUCGGCCGGGAGCUGAGGAGGAAGCUCUUUGGCCGCAACAACCACCAUGGGAGGUACUGGGGGACCCGCAGCCGGAGCCGGAGUGCCAGUCCACAUUCGAAUCAUCACAGGCGGGAUAGAGACAGAGACAGGGAAAGGGAUUACGAGAGGCGGGACCACCGAGGUGGCGGCAGGAGGUCGGGAGGGGACAGGCAUGGUGGAGGAAGGUAUGAGGGAGAGAGGAAGAGGCAGAGGAGCAGAAGCCCUGUGAGGGAAGGGAGUGAGGAACGGAGGGCGAGGAUCGAGCAGUGGAAUCGGGAGAGGGAGGAGAAGGGGAAUUAUUUCCGACUUGCUGUAAACAGGGCUUGGGCAGGGAAGGUUUGCCAGCACCUUCUGUUCAUAAUCUCAUCAACACAGAAGGGCACCACUGUUCGUGUAGAAUUUGGUGAUGCAACCACAGCUGCGGAUCUCACAGGUUCCCACACCAUAAGUAGGUCUUUUCCUCACACCUAUGGUCAACCAAUAGCUCACUUUCUGAGGGCAACUGCCAAGGUUCCUGAUGCUCAGAUAAUUACGGAGCAUCCUGCAGUUAGGGUAGGAGUGGUUUUCUGCGGUAGACAAUCUCCUGGAGGACACAAUGUUGUUUGGGGUCUUCUGGAAGCUCUUAAAAUCCACAACCCUAACAGUGUUUUGCUUGGAUUUCUAGGUGGUUCAGAAGGUUUAUUUGCACAGAAAACAUUAGAGGUUACUGAUGAGGUUCUUGCAACCUACAAAAAUCAAGGUGGUUAUGAUUUGUUGGGACGAACACAAGAUCAAAUCAGAACGACUGAACAAGUCAAUGCAGCACUUAAUGCAUGCACAACUUUGAAGCUUGAUGCUCUUGUAAUUAUUGGAGGUGUCACAUCAAACACAGAUGCUGCCCAGCUUGCAGAGACUUUUGCAGAAAGACAGUGCCCGACAAAAGUGGUUGGCGUUCCUGUUACUUUAAAUGGAGAUCUUAAAAAUCAAUUUGUUGAGGCAAAUGUGGGUUUUGAUACAAUUUGUAAGGUUAAUUCACAGUUGAUUAGCAAUGUCUGCACUGAUGCACUCUCGGCAGAGAAGUAUUAUUAUUUUAUUCGUCUCAUGGGGCGGAAGGCUUCACAUGUCGCGUUGGAAUGCACACUCCAAUCUCACCCCAAUAUGGUUAUUCUUGCCGAAGAAGUGGCCGCAUCAAAACUAACACUUUUUGACAUCACAAAACAAAUAUGUGAUGCAGUGCAAGCUAGGGGUGAACAAGAUAAACACCAUGGUGUCAUCUUAUUGCCUGAGGGGCUCAUAGAAAGCAUUCCUGAAGUCUAUGCACUACUGAAGGAAAUUCAUGGCUUGCUCAGGCAAGGUGUUUCUGCUGAAAAAAUUUCUGCUCAACUGUCACCAUGGGCAUCUGCGUUGUUUGAGUUCCUGCCUCCAUUUAUUAGAAAACAGCUCCUUCUUUACCCAGAAUCUGAUGACUCAGCACAGCUAUCUCAGAUUGAGACAGAGAAACUCCUAGCUCAUCUUGUUGAAGCAGAGAUGAACAAGCGAUUGAAAGAAGGGACAUACAAGGGAAAGAAAUUCAAUGCAAUUUGCCAUUUUUUCGGUUAUCAAGCUCGGGGAUCAUUGCCGUCAAAAUUUGAUUGUGAUUAUGCCUAUGCUAUGAUGACUGUUAGGCGCUAUGGUCAUGGUCCUGGGGCUUCAAACCUUGGAAAACCAGCUUUGCAUCCAGCAAUUGUUGAUUUGAAGGGCAAAGCCUAUGAGUAUGUUUUAGUUGUUUCUCAUUAUUACCUUUUAUUAUCAAACCAUGGGAAUAAUCUUUGAAAGAGCCACACUCCUGCCACUCCCCUAUAAUCUCAAAAUAAAAUAUGAAGGAAAAAUUUUGAAAAUAGGAAAGCUCUUAAACCAUUAAAAGGACUACAAAUUAUAAUCCUUGGUAAUUUUUUUAGAAAUACAAGGAAAAAAAAAGAGAGAGACUAAAAAUCCUAAAAAGCUGUAACAAACACUUGAACGAGCAAAAAAAUAACUAACAUGAAUAGCCCUAAAUCGGUUGAUGAAGUUUUGCCGACUGUGUGGCCCAAGUUUUUACCUCUUUGAAUGUGUAAUAUGGAGUUUAUUUUAGUAGAAGGAAUACAAUAAGUAGCCAAAUAAUUAGAGUAAUAAUUGAUUGAUAAGAGAUGGGGAAUAAUUGAUUCGCAAGAUCUUAAGGGAAAUAUUUGACUGAGAUCUCAGCAUAUUAGUUGGGCUAAUGUAGUGGCAUGGAAUUAUGAAUAUUAUUAUACAUAUAAAUAAAGGAACUCGAAUAAAUAAUAGCCAGACCAGAAAAUAUAUUUCAUUCAACCUUUUCGCUUGGGCAGACAAAUAUUUUUCACACUGGGAGGUCCUUGUAAGUUGCAACUUUAUUAUUUCACGUAUCUGUUUCUCUUUUGGAAUGUCUUAUCCAAGAUAACUGGUUAAGUACUUAAAGCCAGUGUUUCACUUUGUUUGCCAGGUUAUUGAGACAGAAUGCAACCAAGUUUUUGAUGGACGACGUGUAUAGAAACCCGGGACCCCUUCAGUUUGAAGGUCCCGGUGCUGAUGCUAAGGCUGUAACCCUUUGUGUUGAAGAUCAGGAUUAUAUGGGCCGCAUUAAAAAACUGCAGGAACACCUUGACAAGGUA